AGGGCAUAGCUAGCGGAUCGCCCGACCCGACUGUUGCAGAUCGCCCCCGAGAAACCCACAAAUUUGCAGAACCUACACUGGGUCACGGGCCCCACCCCCGCGGCCCCACCCGGCAGCGAGGAGGGCAAGGGCAAGGCGGAGGCAGUUUGCAGGAACCCCCCCGUCCUAUUCCGCCUCGCCUCGCCUACUCCUUCCUUCCUGCCGUUGCUGCCUGCCUCAUCGUCCUUCUCUCUCUCGUCGCCUCGGCCAUCCCAUCUCCUCUCCUCUCUCACCGGCGGGGAGGGUCUGCACGCGGCCGGCCGCCAUUGGCGCGUCUUCCCGAGCUCUGAUUGGGGAAGAGUAGAAGAUGGUCGUCAAGGAGUUUACCGUUGAUCUCAACAAGCCUCUUGUUUUCCAGGUUGGCCAUCUCGAGGAACAUUACCAGGAAUGGGUUCACCAGCCCAUCGUGAGCAAAGAAGGUCCACGCUUUUUCGCAAAUGAUACCAUGGAGUUCUUGACACGCACAAAGUGGUGGGCUGUGCCAGUCAUAUGGCUACCUGUCGUCUGCUGGUUGUUUGCCAUGUCUGUUCGGAUGGGUCACACCAUUCAGGAAGUAAUCUUGAUGGCCCUAUUUGGGGUGUUUGUUUGGACGUUGAUCGAGUACAGUUUGCACCGCUUCCUGUUCCACAUCGAGACGAGAAGCUACUGGUCGAACACCGCGCAUUACCUUAUCCAUGGAUGCCACCAUAAGCAUCCUAUGGACUCCCUCAGGCUCGUAUUCCCUCCUGCUGGGGCAGCGAUCAUAUGCGUGCCGUUCUGGAAUGUUGUGGCAUUCUUCGCAAGUCCAUCCACGACUCCUGCGCUGUUCGCCGGCGGCCUGCUGGGGUACGUGAUGUAUGACUGCACGCACUACUACCUGCACCAUGGACAGCCGUCCAAAGAUCCAGCGAACCAUCUCAAGCGGUACCACCUCAGCCACCAUUUCAGAAUCCAGGACAAGGGCUUUGGCAUCACCUCGUCGCUCUGGGACGCCGUUUUCGGGACGCUGCCUUCGUCCAAGAUCGCCGCGAAGCUCAGCUGACACGCAUGAACAUGUUCUUUGCACGAGGAAUUUUAGUAGAGUUUGUAGGCUUAGGUUAGGGGAAAGCUCAUCUUGCAUUUCUGCGAUGGGUUCGCAUAUCUGCACGGUUGGAGAUGUCUGUCCUGAUGUGAAGACGUUUUGGCUGCCUCGACUUUUCAUCCCCAGCAAUAGGCUAUUCAUUUCGUUCUAGUCGAUGUUAGGAUAAAUAGUCAUAUUCCUUGGUUGAAUUGUGAUAUCUUCUGUCAUCUUUCUCUUUGGGUUUUA